AUGUGGGAAUCUCAAAUCAAGCAGAGGUGGCAGGCGUACUUUCGGGACUUACUUAACGAGGAGGGGGAUCGUAACAUAGAGCUAGGGGAGCUGGGCCAUUCAGAGCUACAUAGAGACCUUGGGUACUGCAGGCGCAUUAGGGUGGAGGAGGUCAUGGGGGCUUUGCGUAGGAUGAGUAGGGGUCGAGCGACCGGGCCUGACGAGAUCCCGGUGGAGUUCUGGAAGUGCAUGGGCAAGUCAGGAGGGGAGUGGCUCUCCAGGUUGUUCAAUGCGAUCUUCAGGACCAAAAGAAUGCCGGAUGAGUGGAGGUGGAGUACAGUGGUGCCCUUGUACAAGAACAAAGGGGACAUCCAGUGUUGCAACAACUAUAGGGAGGCUAUCCACCCUGUCAGGCGGCUGGCGGAGCAAUUCAGGGAUAAGAAGAAGGACCUACACAUGGUGCUUAUCGACUUGGAGAAGGCGUAUGACAAGGUCCCAAGGGAGGUGCUAUGGAGGUGCUUGGAGGCGAAGAGCGUGCCGGAGGCCUACAUCAGAGUAAUCAAGGACAUGUACAAUGGAGCUAAGACUAGGGUUAGGACG